GGGUUUUGUCGCGUAUAUGUAUCACCUGAAGUGAGGGAAGCCCUUGUCGGUGUGUCACAAUCCUCCACUCACUUCCCCUCAAUUAUCCGAUCAACUUCGAGUUUCCCGACCAACUUUCGAAUUUAUCCAUGACUUCCCAACUUAGUCAAAUAACUACCUAGGUACCUACUCUCUUGGACAGUCUUUCCACGCACACCUCGUGUAAGACCGAUAGCCUUUAAAUCCUUCAACCUUGAACACCUUCGACUCGUCAAGGCGUCUAUUAUCAAGCGGUUAUAACCCGUCGACUACAAUCACUGUUCUUCCCAUUCUCCUUGAUAAUUUGUAAUAUCUCCCCACUAUUUCCCCACAAUCAUCAUGGCAACAGAACUGUCCAAGAUCGAGGCUGGAAACCUCUUUAGGGUCGAUGGAUUGAUUGCAGUAAUUACCGGCGGUGGCUCUGGUCUUGGGAGAAUGAUGGCACGAGCUCUAGCGAUCAACGGGGCAGCUAAGGUGUUCGUUGUUGGUAGGCGUGAGGACAGUCUUAAAGAAACGGCCUCGUCGGUCCCAACCAACAAUAUCAUCCCUGUGGUUGGUGACGUUACUUCAAAAGAAUCACUGCAGAAGGUUGUGGACAGAGUAAGACAAGAGGUGGAUUCUGUGGACGUCCUGGUGGCCAAUUCUGGAAUCUCUGGCCCCUCUGUCCCAAUCUUCGACGCCCAACGACAACCUCUUCCGCUUGAAGAGGUGGCAAAGAACAUGUGGGCUCCAGAACCCGAAGAGAUCACAUCGACAUACGCGGUCAACUUGACCGGCAUCCAUUACACAGUUGCAGCAUUUCUUCCUUUGCUCAACGAGGCCAACAAGAAAAGACCCAGCCCGCCAACCGCUGACAAUUUCCGACCACGGCCGCAGAUCAUCACAACUGGUUCUAUCGGAGGUUACAGUCGUGUCCCUCUGGGAAAUCUAUCAUAUGGGCCUUCCAAGAGUGCCGUCAUUCACUUUACAAAGCAACUGGCAUCGUCUCUCGUCCCUUAUGACAUCAGGGCCAAUAUCAUUGCACCAGGCUUGUAUUUCUCAGAAAUGACUGAGGAUAUGUACAAAGCCCAAGGCAAGGUCGAUAUACACAACAUCGAAGGUGCAUGGGAUAAGAAAUUGAUCCCCGCAACCAGGACUGGGGACGAACAAGAUAUGGCUGGUGUCAUCUUGUGGCUUACUUCAAGAGCUGGAGCAUAUCUCAAUGGGUCGGUUGUGGUCACUGACGGCGGCCGCUUGGGCGUUCUUCCUUCUACAUACUGAGCUGUUUGGUGUAAGGAGAAGUGUUGGGUUAGAUGGAGAAAUUUCUACAAACGUAGUAUGAAGCAACAUAGAAAUUCAAGAAGUUAUAGAGAAAACACAACGAUGAUAC